UCUUCUGACAUCCCGGCAGCCUUGAGUCUUCAACAUUCUGGAAGCAUGGACCGUUUGGACUUGCUUGGGUUCCUCAUCAUCACGUUAAACUGCAAUGUGACUAUUGUGGGGAAGAUCUGGCUUAUCUUCAUGAUCCUGCUGAGGAUGGUGGUGAUCAUUGUGGCUGGGUCCCCCGUUUACCAGGAUGAGCAGGAGAGGUUUGUGUGCAACACCCUGCAGCCAGGGUGCGCCAAUGUCUGCUAUGACGUCUUCUCCCCAGUGUCCCACCUACGCUUCUGGCUGGUCCAAAGCGUGUCUGUUCUCCUCCCUUCCGCGGUUUUCAGUGUCUAUGUGCUGCACAAAGGAGCUGAGCUCGCCGCCUGGGGACCCUGUGGGCCAGAGGGCGGUUCAGGGAGCCAGGACCUCGCAGACCUGAGCCCCAGGGAUAGGCACUGCCCUCUGCCCUGCAGGGAGGGGCGCAGCCUAGUGGUGCCAGACUUUUCCUCCGGCUACAUUGUGCACCUCUGUCUUCGGACCCUGGCAGAGACAGCGUUCGGGGCCUUGCAUUACCUCCUCUUCGGAUUCUCGGUCCCCAGCAGAUUUUCCUGCGCCCACUCUCCCUGCUCUGGCGCGGUGGAUUGCUACGUCUCUCGGCCCACAGAGAAGUCCACGCUGAUGCUCUUCCUCUGGGCACUCAGCGCGCUCUCUGUGCUGCUCAGUGUGGCUGACCUGCUCUGUAGCUUGGGCAGGAGGACGCUGAGGGGGCCGGGACCCGCCCAGGGCCCCCGGGAAAGGAGGCCGGAUCCCGUGGUGCUGGAGAGGCCGGGGGAGGAAAGGGUGUCGCUAGCACACUCAGGCCUGUGGGCCAGAGGGCAUGGUGCCCACAGCCCCAGUGGUCAGUGGGUUGUGUCGGGGCGGAUGGAGCUUCCAGAGGAGGAUGAGAGUGAGGGGCUGUCCUUUGCCAGCGAUAAGCUCUCCAGGGCUUGCACAGAGCCUGGGGUCAGGCCCCGCGCAGAGGCCCCCCAGGACUCCGGAAGUGAGCAUCCCUCAAAGCCCCACCGUCUGCUGGCCCAGCACCGCCCGUCCAGUCCGUGGCGACCCUCAGCCCGCCAGGCUGGCGCUGGGAGCGCCCCUCUCCUGGGGACCAGAAGGUCUGAGUGGGUGUGAAGAGGGCGGCCAGGCAGCGCAGUGACUGAAAGAAGACUCGAGCCCUAAUAUCACCUUGGCACGUGGGAAAUCUUUAUGUCCCUGGAGAAUAUCAGCAGGCAGGAAGGCCAGCUGGCCUGUGACAAGGACUUCGUGGGACACUCACAGACUUGUACUGUUGAUUUAAUUUAGAUAACCCUGGCUGCUGAAAGAAACCCUUGCAUUCAAAUUUGGACUAGAAGCUAAAAUGAUUCAUUGGAAAGUGUCAGGUUGCUUAGGGAUUAUGCUACACUCUGACUGGUUUGUUGUCUUAUUCUUUAUCAUAGUAGGUGCUUUAUGUAAGCAAGUUCUUUUACAUUAACAGA